AUGCCUCCAGUCCGACCCGAUGCUCAAUCCAAACCCAAAUCUAAACGCUCUAGGAAGGCACGUAACAAGAAGGUCCCGGAUCGCUUUGACCAGGGGAUGAGAGAUAUGGUCGAACAAGGCUUGUGGGGUCAACGAUUGUGUCCCGAAGGGGUUGAGGCAUCCCCAGACACCCAGCCCACUUGUGGGACCUUCGAAUUGAACAACAUGGUGGGAGCAGUUGAGAGUUACACUUGGAGUCCUCCGUCCUCCAGUGUAUCUCAGUCGAGGGCAACCUCAAGGUCCACAUCUGCGCGGUCUUCCCGAUCGAAUUCGCCAAACACCACGAUGGAGACAGAGCCGCAGGCACCGGCGCUUCACGACGUCGCCAAUAUGGGAGGAGACCCGAGUUUGGCCCCUCUCUACUGCCACGCGCCGUACUACAGUCCGAACCCGCUCCCCUAUCCAAUCAUCGCUUCGAACCAAUUCUCCGGUAGAUCAUCUGCCGCAGCGGGUUUUCCUCUCCACGAGAACAUGGGAGCCCAGCCGUCCCUGGCUGAUCCCUGGCAUAUUCAUGUCCUUCUCAGCAGCCUGCAGCAGAUGUCCGACGGAGCUCACCCUUCACAUCCGAACUCAUCGUCGGCAUCCGACUCGACCCACUCUCUCGGAUACUCCGGCGACUACUAUGUCUCCCCUCCUCCCCCUUCGCCUUCCGGUUUCCCAUAUUCUUCAAACAACUCCGCUAACCCCACGCCUCCUCCUCAUCCUUAUCCAUUCGAUUUCCAAAGCCAGCCUACUCAAUACCAGUACACGAACAACUCACAUCCAGACGAGUCAGAGUCACGGUGGAGCCCGACAAGUCUGAAUACCGCAUCAUCCAGCUCCGACAGCGAAUGUUGGCCGUUCACGCGCGGCCACACCAGCAUCCAGAACGCUCAAGAUACUAUUCCAAGAGUCGCAGUAGCGGACCCUCAGGCUGUCGACUUUAUCAUGCACUUCAAUUGCAACUCUGCCAGCGGAUCCGCGAACCGCACUCAGUACUAG